UAGGCUCCGCACGGGAUACGCGACAUUGACAUCGCACCGAUGGAUACACAUACACAUAUAUAUCGAUGGACUCGCUGGAAAAUUGACACCCCAGUCUACCUUCUCUUCUACAGCAACGACAACGAUGUCGUCCUAUAUCAGUUCGAACGUCUCCCAUAUACUUGACCAGAUACCGCAACAGUCUUCUGCAUUUGUGUUCGGCUCUGGGACAAUUGUAGCGUCUAUUGUGCUCAUCGCUCUCUCCCACUUUUGGAUCUCUGGUUCAACUAAACAUGUUCUUCGCCAUACACCUUUCUUUGGACAUUUGGCCUUCUUUACGGCUCGUCAUGACUUUAUGGACACCACCCUCAAAAUAGCUCAGCAAAAGCUUCGCAAGCAGAACAAAGACCCACAGCGCGGUGGUAUAUACGAUUUCCACACUGUGGGACACACAGUGAAUGUAUUGCAUGGCGAAACCGGGCGCAAGCUUUUCUUUGGUGAUAAGAACCUCAGUCUAUAUCAAGGAUACCUUUUCCUGCGGGGCGGGUUCCCCACGACCUCUAAGCUGGGAGAGAAAAUCGAGCUUGACAAUAGUAAACUCAAAGAACGUCUUCUCUAUUUCAUCCGUCGCGAGUACCUUACAGAUGUCCUUCCAACCAUAGUUAGCGAGAUAACUGGUGAACUCAGCAAAUGGGGCAAGACGGGCGAGAUGGACCCUUAUCAAAGGGUUUAUGAGUUCGUAUUCAAACUGACUUGUCGUCUCCUUGUAUGCACCGAAUUCGCGGAUAACGAUAAACUCCGGGAUCACGUUCGUGGACUUUACUGGACCAUCGAAGACUCCGCCAACUCUUUCACUAACCUUGUCCCAUGGUUACGCACGAGGCAGAAGAGAGCUGCUGCUAAAGCUACCGAGGAACUGGCUGAUAUCAUCACCAACGUCAUUAACGAGAGGAAGAAAACAGGCAGACGGGAGAAUGAUCCUAUGCAGUAUCAGAUUGACCUUGGUGACCGUGACGCUGACAUCAUUCAGUAUACAUUCAAGAUUCUCUUCGCUGGCUCUGUUAACACUGCCGCCAUAGCUGCCUGGGCUUUGGUUUAUCUUUCUACCCAUGCUGAUCAGAACAAGGCAGUAAUGGAAGAGCUCCAGAAAGCCGCCCACAACACUGGUAUGACUGGCUCACUGGUCGAACAGCUCACUCACGUUCCCUUGGACACUUGGGAGAGUGAAAUGCCUGUUUUGGAACUCGUUAUCAAGGAAACUAUUCGUUUGGUCUUUGCUAUCAUCGCUCUGCGUCGUAACAUCAACGAUCCUGUCAUGGCCGACGGUGUGAAGAUCGCUCAAGGCGAUUUCUUGGCAUACUUCAUCCACGAUAUACAUCUCAACCCUGAAAUCUAUCCUGACCCCGAGACGUGGAACCCGAACAGAUGGGUGGACAACGACUCUGAGAAGAAGACGACUUAUCCUUUCUUGGGCUGGGGAGUUGCGCGAUUCCCAUGCACAGGCAUGCGAAUGGCGAAACUGGAGAUCAAGACUAUAAUUGCUCUUUGCAUUGCCUCAUACAAUUUCUCUUCCAUGGAUAAGUCAGGAGAACUGCUUCGCUCGGACCCUGAGCCUGACAGGAACGAUUGGCAGAGGUUUAUGCCUCUAAAGCCUGUGAGGAUGGGCUACGAGCGCCGAGCAUAAAUCAUUGUCCAUAGGGUUGCAUUCUGUGUUGCAAAAGGGUAUUGCUGGUGUAGAUAUUACUCUGUACUUCUGAUCAUCACAAGUAAUUUAAUAUAUUAUGACUGUCUUGGAUAGCAUUUGGGCUCAAUAGAUUCG